AUGGGAUUCUUCAGCCGCUCCAAGGACAACUCGGCCAACUCGAGCUCGGCUUCUGUCGACAAGACCAAGCCGCCUGCGACGACCGACCUGUACACGGUCCCUCCACCCGGGGUCAAGCCCACCAAGAAGUGGACCUAUGAUGACGACCAGCUCGCCCAGAUCAAGGAGCUCGAGGAGUACACCAAGACGCUUAUCCUCCCGGAGACCGACGAGUACUACCCAUGGGAGAAGCGUUUCCUCGAGGACAUCGGCACGCACCCCCGGUACAUGCGUGCGUCGAAGUGGAAGAUGGACAACGCCAAGCAGCGGAUCAAAGCGACCAUUGAGUGGCGUAGGGAGUACAAGCCCGAGCUCAUCACUCCCGACGACGUCAGCGUUGAGGCCGAGGCUGGCAAGAUCAUCAUCUCUGGAUUCGACAAGGAUGCGCGCCCCAUCAUCUACAUGCGCCCCGGUCGCGAGAACACGGAGACGUCGCCCCGUCAGAUCCGCCACCUGAUUUACAACCUUGAGCGUGCUAUCGACCUCAUGCCCGAGGGACAGGAGCAGGUUGCGAUCAUUGUUGACUACAAGAGUGCCACGUCGUCGUCGAACCCGUCGAUCAGCACUGGACUGAAGGUGCUGCACAUCCUCCAGAACCACUACGUCGAGCGCCUGGGCCGUGGUCUCGUCGUGAACAUGCCGUGGUGGAUCAACGCCUUCUUCUCCGGAAUCGGACCGUUCAUGGACCCGAUCACGCGCGACAAGAUCCGCUUCAACCCCAAGCUGACCGAGCUCAUCUCGCCGGACCAGCUCGACUGCGAGUACGGCGGCAGCUACAACUACGAGUUCAAGCACGACCUGUACUGGCCCACGCUGACCGACUUCUGCUGCAUCGUCCCCGCCGACGGCACCCGCAUUGACAAGGCUGGCAAGGCCUGGAUCCCUCCUUCGGGCAACGGAAUCGUCUGGGCUUUGAAGCAGCACGGCGAGCAGCCCACCUCUGCUCUUUCUUCUGCCGGCCCUUAUAAGGAUGACGACACUGCCACCCUCGCCGAGAACCUCGAGAAGACGACGCUCGACGACAAGGCGGCGCCUACCGCUGCUGAGCCGGUCGCUGCUCCCGCUCCCGCUGAGGACGUCAAGGCCUAA